AGAAACCCAGGAACAGACACUCGGAGACCUGGCCCCGCACUCCUUGCUCCAAGGGGCAGGCAGGACAGGUUGAAAAUAGAAACCACUUCCAAAAAGAUAAAGGGGAUGACUCCAGCAGAGCCCCCCACUCCUUUGAAAAGCUCAAAGGAAGAUGUCAGACCAGUCUCUUCCUAUAGCAACACCCCCUACCCAGAAGCCCCCUCGGAUCAUCCGCCCGCGCCCCCCCUCUCGACCUCGGGCUGCCCAGUCCCCUGGGCCCCCCCACAACGGCUCUUCUCCUCAAGAACCUUCUGGCACCUCCAAUGAUGCGCCGACCCCAAUGUGCUCCCCCAUCUUCUGGGAACCCCCCGCCUCUUCCCUCAAGCCCCCUGCCCUGCUGCCCCCUUCCGCUUCUAAAACCAGCCUCGACUCUCAGGCCUCCCCAGACUCCCCUCCCAGCACCCCCAGUCCAGUGUCCCGGCGCUCCAUCUCCCCAGAACCCGCACCCAGGUCUCCAGUGCCCCCACCCAAACCCUCCGGGUCACCCCGCACGCCUCUGCCCCUGCCGCACCCAGCCCCCCGGGGCCAAGCCCAGGAUGGCCCUGCCUCUGCCCCAGGCACUGUGCGGAGACUGGCUGGCAAAUUCGAGUGGGGGACUGAGGGCCGGGUCCAGGCUGCACAGGCUACGGAGCCGGCUCCCCAGGGGGGCGUGGAUGUGAAUGGGGAGAGAGAGGCUCUCCGGGGCAGCCUCAGGAGAAGGGGAUCCCAGGAGAACGGCCCACCGGAUGCUGCCCAGGCCUGUCCGCCCUGCUGCCCUUGUGUCUGCCACGUAGCCCGGCCUGGCCUGGAGCUCCGGUGGGUCCUUGUGGGGGGCUAUGAGGAUGGUCCCAAGGCCCUCUGCCGAGCGUCCCCACUGCGGGCCUCCCGCUCCCGCCCCAACCCUCCCAGCAUCAGUCACCCCUCAGUGGUCCUCACGUCUUACCGCUCCACUGCUGAGCGCAAACUCCUGCCACCUCUCAAACCCCCAAAACCAACUCGGGUCAGGCAGGACCCCACCAUCUCAGGGGACUCCCCACAGCCAGAUCUCCGUCCGCCCUCUGAAGAUGGAAGCCAAACAGGGAACAGUCCAGAUGAAGCCCCUCAGAAUGAUGCUCCAGCAACCAUGGAGGGCAGGGAUGAGGGCCUGAAGGAGCUGAAGGAGCAGAACUGGGAGGUGCCCCUGCAGGAUGGUGAGGCCUCUGGGCUUGGGGGUCCCUGCAGUGACCCUCAGGCUGGGAGAAGGGCUCUGGAAAAUUAAAGACGUAUGGGUAUGAAUGAGGUACACUGCAGUGCUGGGCUGGUGUGGUAACGGCUCUAGGACUUGGUAAGCACCCCGGGCAGGAGGGUGGCUGGGUCCACGGCAGGCUGGGAACUGAGCUUUCCACGUCCCCCUGCCCUUCCUGCGCAGAGCCUGUUCGAGGUGGUGACCUCCGAGGCCUCCUACCUGCGCUCCCUGCAGCUGCUGACCGACACCUUCGUGCUGAGCCAGGCGCUCCGGGACACGCUCACCCCCCGCGACCACCACACCCUCUUCUCCAACGUGCAGAGGGUCCAGGAAGUCAGCGAGUGGUUUCUCGAGGCGUUGCUACCCCACAUCAACGACCUUUGCGACGUGGUGCAUGCCCACGCUGUGGGCCCUUUCUCCGUGUACGUGGAUUACGUGCGCAACCAGCAGUACCAGGAGGAGACCUACAGCCGCCUGAUGGACACGAACGUGCGCUUCUCCGCGGAGCUGCGCCGGCUGCAGAGCCUCCCCAAGUGUGAGCGGCUCCCGUUGCCGUCCUUCCUGCUGCUGCCCUUCCAGCGCAUCACGCGGCUCCGCAUGCUGCUGCAGAACAUCCUGCACCAGACAGAGGAGGGGUCCAGCCGCCAGGAGAAUGCCCAGAAGGCCCUGGGUGCUAUCAGCAAGAUCAUUGAGCGUUGCAGUGCUGAGGUGGGGCGCAUGAAGCAGACCGAGGAACUGAUCCGGCUCACCCAGAGGCUGCGCUUCCACAAAGUCAAGGCCCUGCCCCUGGUCUCCUGGUCGAGGCGCCUGGAGUUGCAGGGGGAGCUGACGGAGUUAGGGUGCCGGAGAGGGGGCAUGCUCUUCACCUCGCGCCCCCGCUUCACUCCCCUCUGCCUGCUGCUCUUUAGUGACCUGCUGCUCAUCACGCAGCCUAAGAGUGGGCAGCGGCUACAGGUGCUGGACUAUGCCCAUCGCUCCCUGGUCCAGGCCCAGCAGGUUCCGGACCCAUCUGGACCCCCGACGUUCCGCCUCUCCCUUCUCAGCAACCACCAGGGCCGCCCCACCCAGCGGCUGCUCCAAGCUUCCUCCCUAUCAGACAUGCAGCGCUGGCUGGGAGCCUUCCCCACCCCCGGGCCCCUUCCCUGCUCCCCAGACACCACCUAUGAGGACUGUGAAUGUUCCCAGGAUCUGUGUUCAGAGCCUUCGACACCAGCCAAGACCGAGGGACAGAGUCUGGAGUCCAGGGCUCCCCCCAAGCACCUCCACAAGAGCCCUGAAGGCUGGCUGAAGGGCCUUCCUGGGGCCUUCCCUGCCCAGCUGGUGUGUGAAGUCACAGGGGAACACGAAAGGAGGAGGCACCUUCGCCAGCACCAGAGGCUCCUUGAGGCUGCUGGACCGUCUUCAGGAAACCCCAGUGCCCCUGAAUCCUAAUGCAUGCUGGGGAGGGGGCACAGGCGGGGACAGCUGGCAGCGUGGCACGGAGAGGACAAAGCUCAUCUAUCUAUUGGAUUCGCUGUCAGUGGAAAUACUACCUCUAGUGGCAACCAAUAGGGACCCAGCUUCAGGACAAGGCAGCCAAUGAAAACAGGAUGGUCAGAGCCCAGGCAAUGAGGGAGACCGAGGCUGGUUUGGGUGUGUGGCCCCUGGAGACAGAGGCUUAGUGCAGAGCGGCUGAUCUGGACCCCAGAGAUCAGCAGUGACUCUCUUCGGUUCUAUAGCAACAGCCAGUCCUGCCCUUUGAGUCGAAGAAGUAUUAGAUUUCAUUCUCAGGGUGUUUCCUAUGUCCUCUCAAGCCAGGUUUUCUCUUCUGGAGGAAUCCAGUGUGUGUUUCUCGGAGAGUGUGUGUGUAUGUGUGUGUGUGUGUGUGUGUGUCUGUGAGUGCGGUGUGUGAAUGAUCUUGCCUUCUCCCAGAUGAGUGACCGCCCCAGUUCUUCCCUCAGCCCCCAUUUUAACUAUUACUCUCUCCGAGAAAGACCCCAGGUCUGAGUGCCAGAGGAGAAUGAGCUGGGUGUGGCUUGGCAGCCAGAGGCCAGAGCUGGGUUGAGAGCCCUGGGAUCGGGGACUCUCGGAGGCCAGAGUCCCAUGACAAUUGGAGGGUGAUGUUAUGGAGCAGACAAGCAGCCCGGCAGAGGAGCCCAAGGGACUUCUGAAGACGGCCAGUAGCUGGGGCCUGAGGGCCCCUGAAGCCCACAAACCCUUCUCCUUGCCCCGAAGCUUGGCGUCUGUAAUCUUUGCUGGGAAAGCACCCAACUGAACUAUAAUCAGCGUCCAGCCUUGGCCUUGGACCCCAAGAAGCGGAAGAAACGGAAGCUGUGGAUCAUGGGGCAGCGGUUGAGCUGCUGGGCCUUCCUGCCUUCAUCCUGCUCCCCUCACAGAGACGUGGGGCCAAGCAGUGGGCAGAGAAUGGAGAGGGUCUGCUUCUGGGUGAGAAAUGGCCCCCAUGCGAUGCCACAAGGAGCUGAGGGACGGACAGAGUGGAGCAGACAGUGGCCGGCGAGUGGGGCCCAGGUCUAGCACAAGGCCUUCUCUGAGCCAGGCCAUCACCCCUUCCCUUCACUCGUGCACAGAAACUUGCCCAGGACAGAAACUGCCACGCUGACCACAGGAGGCGCAGGGACUCUCGGAGACUCAGAGGGAGACAGGCACCGGCAUUGGCAUGUCUGUGACUUUGGAGAUUCACCGAGCACUGUGCCUGGCAUAUGAGAAACCUGCAAUAAAUGUUGGUGGAGCUGCAUUGAGGCUCUUUGGGGGACUGUGUGCUUAAAGGAGCAGUGGUUUCCCGCUGUGGCUUUAUAAGGGAGGGUGGGGCUGGCUGGAAGGGAUUCUUCCAGAGCAGAGGUCAGUUCUGGGAACCGGGCUUGGAGACUAGGCUCAAGGCUCCAGUGUGUCAGCCCACUCCUCCCUGCCCAGGGAUCCAAGAUGCUGGGGUGCAAGGCUCCUGCAGGUUGGGGGAGAAGAUAGGGCAGCGCCAGGGCUCCAGCAGGGGAUGAAGAUGCAGGGAGCAGGACAAAGAGGGCAGUCAGCAAUAAAGGUCUUUUCUGAGCAGC